AUGUUCUGGUCAGCUACCAUUGUACUUAUCGUACUUCUAUAUCGAGAAUCCCUUGCACAUGGUUUAUACAAAGCAAACACAACUACAGCAGAUCUUGCACCAAUAAGACAGAAAAGAGAAGAGAUUUCGCAAGAACCGGAACCUUUCGAAGUGGAGGCUUUGAAGAGCACAAAAGAACCAAAAAAGGAGGAACCUACAAUGCAGCAUGUUGCUGGAGUGAAUCCAGUCGAAGUGGUUGAUAAUCCAGUUUUCCAAGGAACAACCACCCAAGAACCUGGGACCCUUGAAGUAGGAGGAAGUUUCCCAAUAUUUUAUGACCCGAACAAUAACGAAGAAGAAGAAGAAGAAGAAGCGACAGAUAGUUAUUACGACAUUAAUCCUAAAUUUGUCGGAAGAUUCAUGCGACCACAAAACAGUCCAAGUACUACGACUUUGCCAACAACUUCGAUAGCUGUAACGACAAUAUUACACGAAGCAACUUCCACCAAAGUAUCGACAACUUCCAUCACGAGCAACGCAAUAACAACAAGCUCCUCUAUAGAUAGCAGCCCCAAAUCCUCAGAAUCGUCAACUAAAAUCACAGGUGUUUCUGAGAGUACUAUAUCCGGUGAAUUAAAUACUCUACCAGACGCUACCUUACCCACUGGAGAUACAUCGAUAACCAUUACUCCAAUGUUUAACACAAGCUCCACGGCCAAUAGGACAGGAAGUAGUUCAACGAAACCAAUGCAAGGUCAGCUGGGCGCAACUCAACCCUCUAGCUCGUCAAAACCUGAGUAA